ACAGAUUUGACUGACGAAAGCGACAUUGCACGUUGCUCAAUAUAAACAGAUAAAGUCACGAACCAAAUCAUUUUCACAGGCGUGUGCUAGGAUAUCAGUGCUGUGUUUAACACAGUGAAUACCACUUGAGCCAGAAUGUCGUCAGGUGUCUGCUCACAUUGUGGCUGCACAGAAAUUGACAUAGACCAGGCCCGGGGGGAUGCUGUCUGUACCGGGUGUGGCUCAGUGUUAGAGGACCAGAUCAUUGUCUCCGAGGUCCAGUUUCAAGAAUCAGCAGGGGGAAGCAGCUCAGUCAUUGGCCAAUUUGUCUCCUCAGAUGGAAUAAAGUCACAUACAUUAGGAAGUUCAUUUCAACAAGGGUUUAGUCGCGAGUCCAGAGCGGUGACCUUGCAGAAUGCAAAGAAGAAGAUCCAGCAUGUGGGUGCACAAUUGCGAUUAAAUCAGCAUUGUAUAGACACAGCCUUCAACUUUUUCAAAAUGGCAGUGAACAAAAGGUUGACGCGUGGGCGGAAGACAAUGCAUGUGGUGGCUGCCUGCGUUUACCUGGUGUGUCGAACGGAAGGGACACCUCAUAUGUUGUUGGACCUGAGUGACAUACUUCAAGUGAAUGUCUACAGCCUGGGGAAGACCUACCUACAGCUGUCCAGGGAGUUGUGUAUUAAUGUGCCAGCAAUAGAUCCAUGUUUAUACAUUCCACGGUUUGCGCAUAAACUAGAGUUUGAGGAUAAGACUCAUGAGGUGUCGAUGACAGCCAUGCGGUUGGUACAGAGGAUGAAGAGGGACUGGAUUCACACGGGAAGACGACCUUCAGGUCUCUGUGGAGCAGCUCUCUUGGUUGCUGCAGAAUCCAUGACUUUUUGCCGUAAAAUGAAAGACAUCAUCAAAGUUGUAAGGGUGUGUGAAACAACUAUCAGGAAAAGGCUGACAGAGUUUGGUAACACGGCCUCAAGCGAACUGACAAUUGAUGAGUUCCAGCGGAUAGAUCUGGAGGAAGAAGCUGACCCUCCAGCAUUCACCGCUGGCAAGCUCAAGGCUAAACUAGCUCAGAUGGAGGACAGCAACAAGCUGAAUGACUUAACCUCUGAAGUAAGCAGUCUGCAGGAUGAGAUAGAAAAGACAUUAGAGAAGACUCAGAAAAAACCCAAAGGCCCCUGGGCAGCAUUUUGUAAAGAGGGGUCGAAUGAGGACAUAGUUGAGCAGGUUCUCCCUGUCCUGACAGGGCAUGGUUCAUUGAUUGAUAUGGCAGCAGUUUCUACUUUAGACAUCUUGACUCCACCCCCUACACAGACCACUCCCACAUCACAGACCACAUCCUCAUCACAAGCUACACCAUCUUUACAGACCACACACUCAUCACAGGCCACACCCACAUCACAGGCCACACCCACAUCACAGACCACACCCACAUCACAGACCACACCCGUUGCCGUGGACAAUCUCACAUCAAGCACAUGUAGCCCUUGUGUGGUUGACGAGAGAGACCCUGAGGUAUCAGAACUAGAGGAAACGGAAUUGACCAAUGUUAUAUCUAGUUUAGAGCCGGUAGAAGUUGUAGGCCCCGGACCAACAGCUGCCAGCAUUGGUAUAAAGGAGUGUGUGGAGGAGUGUAUGAGAGAUGAUAACACACAAGUUACAGGGGAUGAAGAUGGAGAACUGGACCUCACUGGCAUUGACGACGCAGAACUGGAUGCUUGGAUUCUUGGGGAAGAAGAAGUAGAAGUGAAAACAAAGUUGUGGAUGAUAGCUAAUGCCGAUUACCUCCAGGAGCAAAAAGAGAAAGAGGAGAGGGAAGCCAAGGAGAGAGAGGAAAAUGCAAACAAACCUGAAAAGAAGAAACGGAAGAACAAGAAGAAGCAGCCUAUCCAAGCUAACACCGCCAAAGAAGCCAUAGAGCAGAUGUUACAGCAGAAGAAAAUAUCCAACAAAAUCAACUACGAUGUUUUAAAAGAUCUCAACAAAACAGACAGCACGCCAGCUGUAUCAAUGAAACCUCCAGAAUCUCCUGUCCCUAGCAGAUUAAAGAGGCAGCCAAUGACAGCCGACACCAGUGUGAUGUUUACAGGCUUAUCCAGAUUCCGAAAGCCCAGUAUUAGCAUAGACACUCUGUCAGAGGAACCUGUCUCCAAAAAAGCCAAAGUGGAAAGUGUGGCUGACCCGGCAGAAGUGGUUGUGGAAUCUGGUCCCGUCCAAUAUGGUGAGCAUGCUGAGGAAGAGGGUGAGGAAGUCGAGGAGGAGGGUGAGGAAAUUGAGGAGGAGGGUGAGGAGGAUUAUUACCAGGAAGAGGAGCCAGUCAGCGCAGCACAGCUUCUCGGACACACAGGUUACAACGACGAUGAUGGCGAUUAUUACGAUAUAGACGACAUAGAAUAGCCAGGAGACACCCAUGGUACCUUUGCCAUAUGGGAAAACAAAAGACUGCUUACAUCCCCUAUGACGAUGGCUCUGAGUGUGCUGAGAAGACACUGCCAUUGUGAAACAGCUUGCAACAUUUAAAUCUACGUGAUGAUCAGGACAGUGUGAAACCGUUUGCAAUAUCAACUUUUACGUGAUCGACAAGACCUUGCCAGUGUGAAAUAGUUUGCAGUAUUGAUAUUUACAUAGUGGACAAGACAUUGUAUGUAUAUACAUGGCUGUAGCAUUUUCAUUAGAUGGAUGCAGAGUUUUUCAGACCUGGUGAAGAGACAAUAGUAUAUCAUCAGAUCUGGAAAACUCUGUAUUAGCCCAAUCCGAAGACAUUAGAUUGAAGCGGCUCUUCAAGCAUAUUUUCAACCAUUUGAUGGCUGAAGCCAUCCAGAUGUAUUUGACGGUGCUGCCAUUUUAUGUGAUGGCAGCAAAAAAAAAAAUGAAAACAAGGACAAGUUCUGAUUUUUAUAUUGUAAGCAUAUGUAGGCCUCUACAACAGCCGACAGACUAAUCAGGUGACAAAAUUGAACCAAUGAUAGAUUGCUGCUACGUGAUUCACAAUACAAAUCACGGUCAGAAGAUUUUGAUAGUGCUGUUGAAAUAUUCAAGUACUUCUUUUGUAUAUCAGAGUAUAUUUGACCUCUGUGACUACAUAUUUAAGAAUAUGAUACAUUGGAACAUGUUAUAUUUUUAGAAUUACAUGUAAUUUCUGAUGUUCUUUAGUGGAUGACCCACCCAAGGUGAAAAAAUUCUUUUCCGGAAUUGUUUUAUAUAACUGUUUGAAACCUGUCGAUUCCUAUUGAAUUUGCACUUCAUGCACAGCUUCACCAUGACAAGUUCAAUUGUUGAGCACGGCGUGAAACACCAUUCAAAUCAAUGAAUGAGUUAACUGACAAGUUCAAAUUCCUGGACCUUUCAUACAUUUCGGAGAAAAUUAGGGCUGUUUUUCGUUCUAACAUUUUUUGGAACGAUUUCAAAGCAGUUUGCUGUUUUCGAAACAUGCACAGCUUCUUCAAGACAGGUUACAGGUUAAGUUCCUCUUUCCAGGUGUUUUGUCUAUUGAACCACAGGGGGCAUGUAUAUCGAAGCAAUAUUAGUUUUUUCACAUGUGAAUUGUCGCGAUUGUGUCUUUUUAGAGUAAACCCUUUUGUGAAAGGCAGCAUUUUAUCUGAGGACCUUGUCCAAGCUAUCAUGAUAUUAUACACUCUUACAUGUGGACUCCGCCAUAAAUUGCUCUUACACAAAAUAUUUAUUUGUACAAUGAUACCGUCAUCUUUGUUUUACGGAUGUGGUAGCAUUGUUGCUUUAUUGACCAAUAUUCCUUGUCGGAGGCUCUUCUGUUGUAUUGUACAAUUGUAAUA